CGUCACUCUUCCUCGGCCGCCAUCUUGGUUAGUGGUAGUUGUUUCUUCAAACUUGAACAUAUUUUCAGUAUUAAACCCGUCAUCUAAUUACUACCAUGGUGUUUGCGUAUUUAAGGAGAUAUCCUGAGUUGGUUCCUUUGUUUGUCUGCGUUGGUGCUGGCUGUGUAGGCUGUGCUUGGUUUAUUGGACGCACAGCAAUUUAUCAUCCAGAUGCUUCAUUUGACAAAAAGAACAACCCUUAUCCCUGGAAUAAAGUAAAACAUAAUGAACAGCGUAGGCUUUAUACUCAAUCAGACUACUCCAAAAUUGAGAAAAAAAAUCCUGAUUAUGCUAAAGAAUAAACACUUUUUGCUUCUACAUGGAAACAAGUGUUGUUUAUCUGUAAAAUUGUAAAAUGUGACAUCUUGUGGGAUUUGUGUAUUUGAAAGAAUAACAAUUAUUAAAAGCAACCAUUAUGUACUUUG